AUGUUAGUAGCAGCAGCCAUCACAACGAAUCAGGCUCUACCUGUUCUAUAUUCGAACGAUUUUGCAGAUGAAAAAGACUUAGGGUACAAAGUUAUAUAUGCUCAAAGUUGGCUUGUUGCAAAUACACUAGGGCAAAACCCUUACAUCGGAGGAGCUGUUAAGUGUCUGAAUGGUUUUUGUUGUUCGGAAUUUGGCUUUUGCGGAUCAACGGCAGAACAUUGUGGUAAAGGAUGUCAAUCAGCAUUCGGUAGGUGUGGCGAAGCUGCUCCACCAGCAGCACCAAAUAAAAGAAUCAUCACCAAUUGUAAAACUCCAGGAACUGUUGCCCUCACAUUUGAUGAUGGGCCUUUCAAUACCACAAGAGCUCUUCUUAAAGUGUUGAAGGAAGAAAAGGUUAAAGCCACUUUCUUUGUGAAUGGAGAUAAUUUUAGAUGUAUUUACGAUAAAGAUCUUUCAGGUAAAGGAGCUUACUUUUUAUUAACUUUUUGA